AUGGGCUCCAUUGAAACCCCCAAUUGCUCCGGCACCAUCGUCUACAAGACAAUUUCCGACUUCAUCGACUUUCCCAAUCAUGAACAGAAGCUCUGGUGGCAUAGUACGGCGCCAAUGUUUGCCGAAAUGCUAAGGGUCGCCGGAUAUGACCUUCACUCCCAAUACAAAAUCCUAGGAAUAUUCCUCAACCACGUCAUCCCUUUCCUGGGUGUUUAUCCUACUCGGAUCAAUGAUCGGUGGCUAAGUAUCCUGACUCGAUAUGGCACCCCUUUCGAGCUGAGUCUGAACUGCUCACAGUCGUUGGUACGAUACACCUAUGAGCCCAUCAACGCGACCACCGGCACACCCAAGGAUCCUUUCAACACCCAUGCCAUCUGGGGCGCCCUUGACAGGCUGAUUCCCCUGCAGACGGGUAUCGACCUGGAGUUUUUCAAGCACCUGAAGCAGGAUCUCACCGUCAACGACCAAGAUGCGGCCUACCUCUUGGAGAAUAACCUCGUCGGAGGCCAGAUCCGCACCCAGAACAAAUUGGCCCUUGACCUCAAAGGCGGCGAUUUUGUGCUGAAGACCUAUAUUUAUCCGGCUCUCAAAUCCCUUGCCACGGGAAAGUCAAUCAAGACGUUGAUGUUCGACUCUGUCUCUCGUUUGUGCAGACAGCAUCCAUCGCUAGAGGCUCCUCUCCGCUCGCUCGAGGAGUAUGUAGAUUCCAAAGGUCCCGACAGCACCGCCUCUCCUCGACUGCUCUCCUGCGACCUGAUAGAUUCAAGAAAGUCCCGCGUCAAAAUUUAUAUCCUAGAGCUCAAUGUUACUCUAGAGUCGAUGGAGGACCUGUGGACGAUGGGCGGCAGGCUGAACGAUGCCUCGACCCUCAUUGGACUCGAGAUGAUUCGAGAGCUCUGGGACCUCAUCAAGCUCCCCUCCGGCUUACGUGGGUACCCAGAGCCCUUCCUGCCGCUAGGAACUAUUCCCGACGAGCAGCUCCCACUCAUGGCCAACUAUACACUUCACCAUAACCAGGCCAUGCCGGAACCCCAGGUGUACUUCACCACAUUUGGCAUGAACGAUGGACGGGUAACUGACGGACUCGUCACCUUUUUCGAGCGACGAGGCUGGAAUCGUAUGGCCCAGACGUACAAGGACAGCUUGCGGGCAUACUACCCGCACGCGGACCACGAGACUAUAAACUACCUGCAUGCCUAUAUAUCCUUCUCUUACAGGAAAGGAACUCCAUACCUCAGUGUGUACCUUCAAUCGUUCGAAACUGGAGAUUGGCCCAUCUCCAAAUUUGGCAUCCCAGUCAUCAAGCCGUUCUGUCGGGACAUGAGUGCUCAACACCCGAUCUCGUUCAGCAUUCCCAUGAACGCAACGUCAUGUGCAGUAUUUGAACCGUUUGAGGGAUACCAACAGCCGCUGCCAGCUCAUAUUAUCAGUUAA